AUGAUGUUGGCUCGAUUACUUCGACUCCUCCUCCUCAUCCCUCUCCUAUUUCAACCCUUCUCGUCGGCCAUCAAAUGCUACUCCUGUGCCAAUGAUUUCAUUGUAUGGCAAUGGCGCCACUUUUUCCUGAAGAGAAACUACGGGUUGACGGCUUCGGACAAGGAAUGCACCAGGAGAGACUACGACUCUACUGAUCUACAGGGCUGCCGGACGAGCUGCUUCAUCUUCUACCUCAACGCGACGGACAAGCGCAGCGGGGCCACGAAAACGCUUGGCGUAGGCCGUGGGUGCUCCUCCUCCUUCCUGACCGAUGAGCAACACCUCCACCUCGGUUUCGGCGGCCACUCGAAGCUGAGUCAAGUCGGCGACCGUUUGCCUACUGAAUUUGAUAAGUACGACAUCUACGAGCAUUGGUGCUUCUGCGCGACGGACAAGUGCAACAAGGAAACGUGCUAUAGCCAUCCAUACGGCAGCUACGACUACCCGGGGCAGUAUGUCGCAAGACGAGGCUCCUAUCCCUACCAAUCAUAUUGGGGCAACGGAAUCGCAGCCGCAAAAGGUUCCUUUUCCGUUAUAUUCCUCUUUACGAUAGCCCCGUUGAUAGUAUUGUGGCGGCAAUGGGACGGGGGA